AUCAGCUGAUUGAAUAGACGAUUUAUUCAGACAAAAAACUUCAGCGUGGUGAGUGGAUGUUUGACGUUUGUUUUGUUGAAAAGGAGGCGUUGAUUUUUUUCCACAAGAAAAGGAAGGACGGGAAAAGGAAAUUGGAAGGCAAUGGCUCAAAAUAUUAAUCCAGCUGAUCACCCACAAUCCUCUUCAAACUUGGCUAAACAGGCCGACGGUGGGGUAACAGUCAAUAGCAAUGCUGUUAGCAAAAGAUUGCAAAAAGAGCUAAUGAAGCUGAUGAUGUCAACGGAAAAGGGAAUUUCUGCAUUCCCGGACGGGGAAAACAUCUUCAAAUGGGUGGGAACAAUUAGCGGUCCGGAAAGCACUGUGUACAGCGGACAAAAGUACAGACUUCAGCUUGAGUUUACAAAUUCCUACCCCUACUCGGCGCCCAAUGUAAAAUUCCUCACGCCGUGCUUUCAUCCCAACGUGGAUCUCUCUGGAGUAAUCUGCCUGGACAUCCUCAAAGACAAGUGGUCCGCCUUAUAUGACGUCCGAACGAUCCUGCUCUCAAUACAGAGCUUACUGGGGGAACCCAACACGGACAGCCCGCUUAAUGUUCAGGCCUCCAUGCUCUGGUCAAACCCUGUCGAGUAUAAAAAGUACCUCGAUGAUUUCUAUGAGAAGAACAAGGACAAUUAAAUGAACCUGCAGCAGGGAAAAUGCUUUCAAUGGGAGAGAAGACGCCCGCUUUCCAUGGGGUGUGAAUUCACAAUUCCGCCUCAGUUCUAGAAAAUAUUUUAAAUUUAUUUGUCUGAUAAAAAUAGCAUAAAUAAAAUAUAAUUUCAAUCCGGAA